AUGUCCUGUGCCGUAUUCGCUCCAUCUGGCAUUGCCCAGAUAUCAUUGCUUUUCUGUGCGCUCUUGUUGACUGUUGCUCGUUUCCAUCCUGAUGGCUCCAACGGGACUCACACCCACAGGCUGCUGAUCGGCUUCCAAGCUCCCUGGAACGUGUCCUUCCCCUUCAGUGCCCUGCGGUUGGGAUCAGCCAUACAGAUAGCUGUGGAGAAAAUCAACAGCAAUCCCUCCUUCCUGGGAAACUACAGUCUGGAUUUUGUCUAUACGGAUUCAGACUGCGAUCCCAAGGCUUCUCUGGGUGGGUUCAUCCACCAGGUCUGGAAGGAGAAUGUGUCUGCACUCUUUGGUCCAGUCUGCCCUGAAGAAGCUGAGGUCACUGGUCUCAUUGCCUCCACUUGGAACAUCCCCAUGUUUGGCUUUGUAGGUCAGUCCUCCAAAAUGGACAACAGCGCAAUUUAUGAUUCUUAUAUCAAAGUUGUGCCCCCUCUUAAAAGAAGUGCAGAGGUCCUCGUCAAGACCCUUGAAUUUUUUGGAUGGAGUCAUGUAGCCAUGAUUGGGGGAGGACUCGACACCAAUACUUGGGACAAAGUUGACGCGCUGUGGAAAACCGUCGAGGAUCUGCUCCGAGCCAAACUCACAUUGAUUGCGACUGUCAAGUUUGACACCACCAAUCAUGCACUUAUUCGUCAAAACGUGAAGUACAUCUCAACGGUUGCCAGAGUGAUUGUGAUGCUGGCUAACACAGAGGACUCCAUGGCUCUGUUAAUGGAAGCUGAGCAACAGGGUUUGAUAAAUGGAGACUAUGUUUUCUUCCUUGUGCGGCAUUUUGAGGUCAGUGGCAAUGUGGACAACCUGUGGAAAUACACCUUUAACGACAAGAUUAACCAGGCCGCCAUACGUGCCUUUGACAUGACCUUUGUCAUUGGCCAGAAGUCUUAUGAGGGCUACGAGUACUAUGACUUCUUUGAGCAGGUUUUGGAGAGGCUGAAGAGAAGCCCCUUUUAUAGCAACCUGACAUCUGAAAGAGAGGUUAGUCCUUACGCUGCCUAUCUGCAUGAUGCAGUGCUUCUCUACGCAAUGGGACUGAAGGAGGUCCUCAAAGAUGGAAAAGACCCUCGUGAUGGACAGCAGCUGCUACUGAGAUUGAAAAAUAAAAACAACAUUCGAUUUUAUGGUGCCUCCGGACUAGUCCAUUAUGAUGAGGAGGGGGAGAGGAAUUUGGAUUAUUCGAUUUAUGACCUACAGAAUACUGAAGACUCUACUAAGCUUGUGCCUAUCCUCAAUUUCGACAGUCAAACAAAAACCAUCCGGCCAACUUCCAAGUUUGCAUCUGUGGUCUGGCCCCAAGGAAGACCUCCAUCAGAUAAUCCAGAAUGUGGUUUCAACAAUGAACUCUGUGAAUGGCUAACCAAUGACAUCGCCCUGGUGCUCUUGCUUGUGAGCUCCCCUCUAGUUGGUGUGCUGGCGCUUUUGAGCAUCGCGUUUCUCAUGCUGCAGAAACUUCGACUCCAGACCCGACUUGAAGACUCUUGUUGGUGGCUCAUCAACUACAAUGACAUUGCUAUCAUCAAAGAGCCCAAAGGAGUGCAGACAGUAUCUCUAAGCACCACGGCCACCAAGAGCGGAAGUGGCUGCUCCCAAUCCAUUAACUCCUCCAACAGCUACGGCCUGAAGGACAAGAUGGGCAAGGAGCACAUCUACUCCACAAUAGGUCUUUACCAGGGAAAUCAAGUGGCUAUCCAAUACUUAGAGAACCAGGUCAUCCGUGAUAUUCGAAAACCCUCCAUCCUUGCAGAAUUCAAAAUGAUGAAAGAGAUGAAGCAUGAAAACUUGGUGCAGUUCUUUGGGGUGUGCACUGAGCCACCAAACAUCUGUCUGAUCACACAGUACUGCAAGAAAGGGAGUCUGAAGGAUAUUCAGAGGGCUUCAGAUAUUGAGCUGGAUUGGCUGUUUAAACUAUCCUUUGCAUAUGACAUUGUCAAUGGGAUGGAGUUUAUUCACAAGAGUAACAUGAAGUCCCAUGGAAACCUGAAGCCCAGCACAUGUCUUGUGGACAGCAGACUACAGAUAAAACUGUCUGGCUUUGGACUGUGGGAAUUCAAACAUGGGACCAAAAACAGACUCAUCCUGCUGGAAAACCCCGAAUAUGAAGAACUGUACUGGACUGCCCCAGAGCUUCUCAGACAAGUCAGUCUCCCAUUCAAUGGCACAUCCAAGGGGGAUAUCUACAGCUUUGCCAUCAUCAUGCGGGAACUCAUGUACAGUUCUGAGGGUGGCCCUUACAAUGACUUUAACCUGGAGCCAAAAGAGAUUAUCAAGCAGCUGCGCACACCUCUCCUGGGCGAACCCAUCCGGCCGAUGCUGUCUGACCAGCUAUGUGACGAGAGCAUCAAUGUGCUGCUGAGGGCCUGCUGGAGCGAGAACCCUGACCACAGACCUCCUUUUGGAUCCAUACGAAGACAGCUGAGAGAGAUCAGCCCAGACAGUCAUUCUAACUUACUGGACAAUAUGGUAGAGAAAUUAGAGAAAUAUGCAAAUCACCUGGAGGAAGUGGUUGGGGAGAGAACCAACCAGCUCAUUGUGGAGAAGACCCGAGCAGACAAACUUCUCUCCAGUAUGUUACCCAAGUACAUUGCAGAUCAGCUGAUGGCAGGGAAGUCGGUGGAGCCACAAGGCUAUGAUGUGGUGACCAUCUUCUUCUCUGACAUCGUGGGCUUCACCUCCAUGUGCUCCAUCAGCUCUGCAAUGGAGGUGGUGAAUCUCCUCAACGACCUCUACAGCCUUUUUGACGACAUCAUCAAGCUAUACGAUGUCUACAAAGUGGAAACAAUUGGAGAUGCAUAUAUGGUGGCCAGUGGUGUACCUAUCAGCAAUGGCAAUUUGCAUGCUGUGGAGACCGCCAUGAUGGCUCUCCAUUUCCUGUGUGCUAUCAAGGUGUUUAAAAUCCGCCACAUGCCAAACGAAAGUCUAGCUCUUCGCAUUGGGAUCCACUCAGGUCCAGUGGUUGCUGGAGUGGUGGGUACCACAAUGCCUCGCUACUGCCUCUUUGGGGACACGGUGAAUAUGGCCUCUCGUAUGGAAAGCAACAGCUUACCACUGAAGAUACAUGUAUCCCAGAGUACUGCUGACAUUCUGAAUGAGACUCAAUCCUUUGUGCUAGAGGAAAGAGGGGAUAUUGAAAUUAAGGGUAAAGGGAGUCAGAAGACCUAUUGGCUGUUGAGCAAACAUGGUUUUAACCCUCCUGUUGAUGUCGGCGGCCCUCCACCGGCUCAAGCGUUCAAACCCCAUACAGAGGUCAGAGCAAUAAUGGCCAAGGACCCAGAUAGAAAGGCCCACAAAACUGUGACCCGUCUUCUAAAAACAGAGCCAACGAUGACGGCAGUGAACACUUGAAGAACCGCUGGACACUCUGACCUUUUCUGGAUGUCUU